CUUCUCUCUCGCCCCUCCGCGUUCUUUAAUCGAUCUUCUAUCUAUCUCUUCGCAAGCCUAUCCUCAUUCAGUUUCAGCACUCAACAUGCCCGCCACGAACGGAGUGAACGGCACGAAUGGACACCAUGUCGAGGCUGUAGUCCGACCCCUGAAGCCCGGCAUCUACGCCCCGAUCCCAACGUUCUUCCUCCCAGAGUCUGAGGAUCUUGAUCUCCCCUCGCUCGAGGCCCACGUUCUCCGAUGCGCAAAUGCCGGUGUCGGACCCCUUCUGGCAGGCUCGAUGGGCGAGGCCAUCCACCUCUCGCACGCCGAGCGAGUCACAAUCAUCCAGACAACUCGCAAGGCCCUCGACGGCGCCGGCCUCACUCACGUGCCCAUCAUUGCGGGUGUCGGUGCAGGCAGCACGCGCGAGUCGAUCGAGCUUACGCUCGAGGCGGCCAAGGCUGGUGCGGACUACGGCAUCGCGAUUGCAAGCGGGUACUUUGCGGGGGUUCUGGCUAACCACCGGGCGGCGCUCAAGGAGUUCUGGCGUGAGCUGAGCGAGAAGAGUCCGAUCCCGAUCAUACUGUACAACUACCCUGGAGCAAGUGGCGGCAUUAACCUCGAUUCCGACCUUGUUGUUGAAAUCGCUCAGGAAUGUCCCAACACCGCCGGCAUCAAGCUCACGUGUGGUGAGGUCGGCAAGCUCACACGUAUCUGUGCAACUGUAUCGGACCCCUCUUUCGCAUCCGCAUAUCCUCGCAAGAACAAGAACGUGCCGUUCCUUGUCCUGGGCGGGUUUACUGACUUCAUCUUGCCAUCGACAUACGCCAAUGGUCACGGUGCUAUUACCGGUCUAGCAAACGUUGCACCGAACGCGAUCGCCCGCCUCUUCACCGUGAGCGAGGCAUCGCGGUCGGACCUCUCUCUGCUCGCCGAGGCACAACGCUUGCAGGGCAUCAUCGCCCGCGCCGACUUCACCAUCGCGAAGGCCGGGAUUUCCGGCACGAAGGCGCUCCUCGAGCGCUUGUACGGGUACGGAGGCGUGCCUCGGCGGCCGCUCCCGCCCAUUGCACCUGAGGCGGCCGAAGCGCUGUGGGAACAUUCGCACACCCGCGACUUGGUGGCCCUCGAGCGAGAGUCCGCUGGGAAGGCCAAGUAAGCGAGCUAUUAAUUAAGCACAACGGAUCAUAGAGGAAGUGGCAGGCAGCUGUUGCUCUCGAGUGAUUUUGUCACUUCGAUGGGUGUAUACCUUCAGCGAGAUGCACACGUAGGAUGGACUGACGAUUCACGAGACGUAGUACAGUAAGUAGAAGUCGUGCACACGUUGUAUUUUUACUUCAUGCAGGAUCAUAUAUUGUAUGCAUUGCUUG